AAGGGGUAUGGACAUACGACCGAGCUACAAAGAAAAACUUCAAAAUGCAUGUUUGGUACCACUACUCCCUGCAUGACUUCCUGGCGUAUGGGAUAUUCUGCGCCUGGUGUGUUCACGGGAAGUUCCCAUGCCCAGUAUGCAAGGAAGGUCUGAGGUUCAUUUGGUUGCAGAAGGGUGGCAAGUAUUCAUCGUUCGACAAACAUCGGCAAUUCCUCCCUCUUGACCAUGCAUUCAGACGAGACAUCAAGAACUUUACGAAAGGUGUCGUAGUGACAGACCCUGCACCACCGAUAAUGACUGGUGCCACGGUUCGUGAACAGAUAGAUGGUCUCGAGGUCAAUCCAGAAGGUGGUUUUGUGGGAUAUGGUGAGCAACAUAUGUGGACUCAUAAGUCGGGCUUGACUCGGCUCCCCUAUUUUGAUGACCUUCUCCUUCCACACAACAUUGAUGUAAUGCACACUGAAAAGAAUGUUGCCGAGGCACUUUGGGCAACAAUCAUGGACAUUCCUGACAAGUCAAAGGACAACGUUAAGGCUAGAGUGGAUCUGGCAACGAUAUGCGAUAGACCAAACCAACAUAUGAAGCCUCCUAGUCGCGGCAAGACAUGGAGAAGGCCUAAGGCCGAUUUUGUCUUGAGCAAGCCCCAAAGGAGGGAAGUACUAGAAUGGAUCCAGACGUUAAUGUUCCCUGAUGGGUAUGCAGCUAAUCUGAGGAGGGGAGUGAACUUAUCUACUAUGCGAGUCUUAGGGAUGAAGAGUCAUGACUACCACAUAUGGAUUGAGCGGCUUCUUCCGGCGAUGGUUCGAGGCUAUGUCCCUGAGCAUGUCUGGCUAGUGCUGGCAGAGUUGAGCUAUUUCUUUCGCCAGCUUUGUGCCAAGGAGUUAUCUCGGACCGUGAUUGCUGACUUGGAAAGAAUGGCACCUGUGUUGCUCUGUAAGUUGGAGAAGAUCUUUCCACCCGGCUUCUUCAAUCCGAUGCAGCAUUUGAUUUUGCACCUCCCGUACGAGGCACGAAUGGGGGGGCCCGUGCAGGGCCGUUGGUGCUAUCCAAUCGAGAGAUGUCUAAAGGUUCUUCGAAAGAAAUGUAGAAAUAAAUGCAAAAUCGAGGCUUCCAUUGCAGAGGCAUACAUUCUGGAGGAGGUGGCGAACUUCACAACAACAUACUAUGGUGACAACCUCCCUAGCGUGCAUAAUCCACCCCCUCGUUACAAUGCUGGCGAAAAUGAAUCGAACCUCAGCCUUUUCCGAGGCCAACUCGGAAGCGCAAGUGCAUCGACCCCCAAGACCUUGAAUCAUGAAGAGUGGCGCCAUAUCAUGCUAUACGUGUUGACCAACCUUGACGAAGUGGCACCGUACAUGCAGUAAGUUCUCAACGAACUUGUUAAAUACGCCGUCACUAUUCUGCAUCCAACCCCCUUGUUUCUCGUUGGUACAGGGAAUUUCUUCAUGAAUUCUGGCGUCAAUCAAGGGAUCCUACCCCGCAGCAGGUAGAUACCCUUCUUAGACAGGGUGCGGGAAAUGGAAUGCCCGAUUUCAUUUCUUGGUUCAAACGGAAGGGCCAGAGGGAUGCGUCUAUGUGUGCCGAGUUGAGACAGGUUGCCGAUGGCUUUGCCUAUAGGGUCAGGUCAUUUUCUGGUUAUGACGUGAAUGGAUAUCGCUUUCGCACAACAAGCUACGAGCAGAGUCGGCCCAAUCGAAGAACCACAAGUUCCGGAGUUUUUACGCCCGGCGUUGAUGAGGUCGAGUAUUAUGGAAGAAUUGAAGAAAUAUACGAACUCAAGUUUCAUGGUUCCAAACCUUUUAAUCCCGUCAUAUUUAAAUGCCAUUGGUUUGAUCCUGAAGUAACGAGACGGACAUAUUGUAAUCUUGGGCUAGUCGAAAUUCGACAGGAUUCCGUCUUACCAGGAGACGAUGUCUAUAUUGUGGCCCAACAGGCCACGCAAGUUUAUUAUCUCCCAUAUGCGUGUCAAACCAUAAGGCAUCUUAAGGGUUGGGAUAUUGUGCACAGGGUAUCGCCACACGGUAAAGUGCCUGUCCCAAACGAUGAAGAUUACAACU